AGAGAGAGAGAGAGAGAGAGAGAGAGAGAAAGAAAGAGAGAGAGUUCGUGAACCCCACACCACAACUUCUAUCUACCUAUAAAAUUCUUUGAGGUCACAGACCUUAAAUUUCUUCAACCUCAUUUUUGAAAGAAAACACUAGUCAUAAAGCUUAAGCAAAGCCUUUGUUUGGGUGCAUAUACAAGGAAAUAUUUACAAAGUGGGAAAAAAAAAAAAAGAAAAAAGAGAGAGAGAGAGAGAAAGAGAACCUUUUUUUUUUUUUUUUUAACAAUCCUUUUGGUUAGACAUGAAGUGAGGUUGUUGUUUUUUAUUUUUUAUUUUUUUGAAAAUUUUUUUGCAGAGAGGUUUACCAGUUCAACAAAUGAUGGCUGGAAACCCUAACUGGUGGAGCAUGCAUCCACCAUCUCUCUUUCCUCCUCAAUAUGUGCAGCUUGGAUCUUCUUCACUUCUCCCUUUCAAUACUUUCGCCGACACCACCACCCAAGAUCCUCCACCACAGUCAUGGAGUCAAUUACUCUUGGGUGGAUUGUCGACUGGUAUUGGUGAAGACUAUAGGUUGGGUCCGAGUCAGUUCCAACCCAAAAAGUCGGAAAAUUGGGAGGACCAAAUCUUCGUCGACAAUAAUAAUCCAACUUCAAGUGCUGCAAGACUUCCUCUUGUUGUUGAUGUAAAGCAAGAGCUUUCGCAGAAAAUCAACGACUAUGUUCAUAGUGAUCAUGAAAGUUUAUUACAGCAGACUGCCGGACAUACUAUGCCAGUGGCAGCGGCGGCGGCUGGGGCGGCUUGGUCGACUCAUUUCAUGCCAGUUUCUUCACCUACUUCUUGUAUUACUACUACUAGCUUGGGUAGUAACAAUAAUAAUAUGCUGGAUUUCUCUUAUAACAAGACCGAUAUUGAAAGGAACACAAAACCAGAUUAUUCACCAUCAAAGUGUAAUAGCACAGCCACAGUUGGAGUAGUGUGUAAAAAGGCUAGGGUUCAUCCCUCUGCAAGCCAACCACCUCUAAAGGUGAGGAAGGAGAAGCUAGGUGAUAGAAUAACAGCACUUCACCAGCUAGUUUCCCCAUUUGGGAAGACUGACACAGCUUCUGUCUUGUUAGAAGCCAUUGGAUAUAUCAGAUUCCUUCAGAGUCAAAUUGAGGCACUGAGCUCCCCUUACUUGGGCGAUGCAUCAAAAAACAUGAGGAAUCAGCAGUAUGUUCAAGGAGGAGAAAGGAAUUGUGUGUUCCCUGAAGACCCAGGUCAGUUGUUGAAUGACAACUGCCUGAAAAGAAAAGGGGUUCCUGAUCAUCACCAGUUGGUGGAUAAUCGAGAAAAGCCAAAGGACUUGAGGAGUAGAGGGUUGUGCUUGGUUCCAGUGUCUUGCACACAGAAUGUUGGGAGUGAAAUUAAUGGAGCUGAUUACUGGGCUCCAGCUUAUGGCAGUGGCUUUUGAAACUUUGACAACAAACAUUUAAGUGUUUUAAUUAGAGUUAUAUUAUAUAUAUAUAUAUAUAUAUAGUGGAAGGAGCUGAUCAUGAAAUUCGUAGAGUGAUAUAACAUCAUGAGCAGUCAUUCUGUUAUAAUCAUCUAAGGCUGAUUGCUCAUGAUGCUAUGCAUUCUAGGUUACAAUUAAGUGCUAAUUAAUAUUUUUCAUGCACUAUUUAGCCUAAUUAAAGGAAAGCGUGUUAUUAAUUUUUGUAGGAAUUCGAGUUUACAAGAACAAGAUGAA